AUGGCCAGAUACCCAGCUAAUAUGGGUGGCAGCAGAACCUUCAGUCAGGUUACAGCCAACAGACAGGUGGGGCAGGCAUUUGCGAAAGACACCUACACAGGAAAUCCUCGUCAGCCAAUCAUCUGCGUGCCCCGAAACCUCUUCAGCUGUUGUCCGCCACCCUCACCUCCACCGCCCCAAGGCCUACUCGAUCAAAUCAUCCUGAAAAAACUCUUGGAAAUUAGAUGUGGUCUUGAAUCCAUCCAACGGGAGAUGUGUGAGGAGGUAUCUUGUUCGCCCGCUCACGACCAGGUUACCGCCAACAGACAGGUAAAGCAGGCAUUUGCAGAAAAUUCUUAUCAGCCAAUCAACAGUUUGCUCCCAGAACUCUUCAAAUAUUGUCCGUCACCGCCGCCGACCUCACCCCCACCGCCCCAAGGCCCGCUCGACCAACUCACCUUGCAAAACCUCAUUGACAUCAGGUGCAGUAUUGAGUCCAUUAAACGGAAGAUUUGUGAGGAGAUAUAUAAAGAAAUGCAACCAAACCCCACCAUGCAAGAAACCCUUGACGUCAUCAUGGAUACUGCACGAAGACUGAGCACCACGCCAGCAUAUCCAACGCCAUCACCGUCACCACCACCAGCAGCUGUAAAUUCACCAUCAGCACCACCACCACCACCACCAGCACAUGCACGACAAUCACUA